AUGUUCUGUCAACCACCCAGCAUAAAUGACAAAGAGGGCACCGACUAUCCCAGUAUCUGGUGGGACCUAUGGCAGAUUUUAUACUACGUUCCUAUCAGUGUAGGUGUGUUUUUUAUGGAUGUGUACAAGCAUUUGAUCAGACAGCCCAAAAGACCCACAUGGGAUGCUCUCACAGCGGUAACCGUGGCGCUGCUACAUGCUCUACGAUCUAGUUUACGCUGUGCUAGCCUCGCAUUCUGGAGAAAGAUCAUGAUACUACCCAAGUUGCUUCGUCAAGAUGAAUCAACGUAUGUGGCGUGCCCGUUUUUGGUCUUCAAAUUGAAUCUACCAGGGAUUUUGGAGGAGUUUGAUGCAGCAGAGGACGGCACUCGCGUCAUUGAGGCUCAAUGGAACUUACCGCCACCACCUCUAAUCACUCAAACACAGAAACAACAGAAAGCGGCUCAAGAAAAGGUCAUCUUAUACCUUCAGGGUGGGGGCUAUUGCUUUUAUGAUCACUUUUGUUAUCUUUCCUAUACCGAGCGAUUCACCAGAUACAUGAACCGAAGUGUGUUUUCCAUCAGCUACAGGUUGGCACCAGAAACCAAAUUUCCAGGCGCUCUUUACGAUGCAGUUCAAGCCUACUUUCAUUUGAUAUACGAUUAUGGAAUCAAACCACACAACAUCACCGUGAUUGGAGACAGUGCAGGUGGCGGAUUGGCAAUGUCGCUCUUGAUCUACCUCAGAGAUCACCAAUACCCACUUCCAGAAACUUCUGUCCUACUAUCACCUUGGGUAGAUCUCACGUAUGGCCAUCCAAGCUGGGUGGAGGCCGAGAUUUUUGACUACUUGCCUUGUCGGCCAAACAUGAGCGCCAUCAUGAAUCCCGCACGAUUUUACCUGGGCACUGACACAUACCAUGGACUCAGUAGACAUCCAUACGCAUCGCCCUUGUUUGCUGAUCAUUUCAGCCAUUUGCCUCCUAUUCUGAUCCAAUCAGGUGGAUGUGAGACAAUGAAAGACGAAGUUCGGUCAUUUGCAGCCAAGUUUGAAGAUUGCGAUGCCGCCAUUUUCAAGCACGAAGAGUACGAGGACAUGGUUCACGAUUUUCAGGCGUUUGAUUUCGAUCAAUCGCAUUCAGCAUUGCUAAGCAUUCAAAAGUGGAUCUUGCAUGAUAUCCACGAUCCUCAUCAACACCAUGAAACACCUUCUUUUUCUUCGUCGUCGUCAUCCUCAUCGUUCUAUCAAUAA